GAGGUGUUCGCGCUGCCGCCGCUGCGAUGCGAGCUGUCGCAGGUGCGCGACGUGCUCUCGGCGCUGCUGCACACGAUCGUCUUCGCGCGCGCGCUCGGAUGCUGCGCGCCUCGGGACGCGCGAUGCGAGCGCGUGGACGUGCACUACGUCGCGUGCGGCGACGGCGCGGUGGACGGGAAGAUAGAGGAGAAGAUAAACGCCCUCGUGCGAUGGGCGCUGAAGACGGGAGGCGGGGAGGCGGACGUGGCGGUGAGCUUUUACGAGCGCGAGCGGGACAAGCCG